AUGACCAGAAGAAUUGUCCGCACCGGAAUACAAUUGAGCGUGUUCAGCGUCUUCCUUUUCAUCAUCAUCGUCUUCCUCGAUAACCGGUACCGCGUCCUCCCCAAUGCCAUCCACAGCCAUCUGCCCGCCCAUCACCCAGGCUUCGUGGUCACAGACCUUACCGUCGUGACCUGCUCCUCUCUAAACCCCUUCAGCAAAUGCACCGUCGACGGGCCCGACUGGCACCGCAUAAACAAAGACCUCUACUUGGGCAAAGGCUACGUCUCCUCCGCCUACCUGGUCGUCAAGCGCAAGCCAGAAGACGACCUGUCGGCCCACGAAGAAGUCGUCACGGACUUGAGAAUUGGGCGACUGCAACCGUCCUCUGUCGACCCGACUGCCAAGGAUGAGCGCUGGGAAUCUCGGCCGGCGGGCAUCUGGGUCAAAUUGUCGACCAAGCGCCACGCAGCCGACAUGGUCACAGGCGUGGACGUGCUCUUCGGCGCCGACGCCGUCGACCCGCGCUCGAACUGGCAAGUCCAGGACCUAUCCCUGUUCCUCGACGCAGACCGCGACAGCGCGGAGCCACGGCUCACCGUGCGGCGAGGCCCCGCACUGAAAGUCGAGAAACCCGUGCCCCGAAUCCGCAAGGACGGCAAGUUCAAAAUCAUGCAAGCCGCAGAUCUACAUCUCGCCACUGGACUGGGAAAAUGCCGCCAUGCUCUACCUGAAGGCCAGCCAUGCGAGGCCGACCCGCGCACCCUAGAUUUCAUUGCCCGCAUGAUCGAAGAGGAGAAGCCAGAUUUCGUCGUCCUCACGGGCGAUCAAGUGAACGGGGACACCGCACCGGACGCCCAAACCGCCAUCUUCAAAUACAGCGAGAUGUUUGCCCGGCAUCGAAUCCCCUACGCCGGGAUCUUCGGCAACCACGACGACGAAGGCAAUCUUAACCGUGCGGAGAGCAUGGCCGUCAUGGACGGCCUCCCGUUCUCCAUGUCAACCGCCGGGCCCGAGGACGUUGAGGGCGUUGGAAACUAUUACGUCGAGAUCCUCGGGCGGGGCAGCACCUCACACUCAGCACUGACGCUCUACCUGCUCGACACGCACAGUUACUCGCCGGACGAGAACCACUACCACGGCUACGACUGGCUCAAGCCCUCACAGAUCGACUGGUUCAGGACGACCGCGCAGUCCCUCCGCCGCAAACACAAGGAAUACACCCACAUCCACAUGGACCUGGCUUUCAUCCACAUUCCUCUCCCCGAAUACCGGAACCCAGACGGCCUCAGCCACGUGGGCAACUGGACCGAGCCGCCCACCGCGCCGGCGUACAAUUCGAACUUCAAGGACGCGCUGCUCGACGAGAACGUCCUGCUCGUGAGCUGUGGCCACGAUCACGUCAAUGACUACUGUCUCCCUUCGCUGGGUCGGGACAAGAAACCGGCGCUGUGGAUGUGCUACGGCGGGGGUGCUGGCUUUGGAGGCUACGGCGGCUACUACGGCUAUCAUCGACGGGUCCGCUUCUUCGAGAUGGAUAUGAAUGAGGCGAGGAUCACGACGUGGAAGAGGCUGGAGUGGGCCGAGACCGAGGCCGCGCUAAAACAGAGGGUUGAUGAGCAGAUUGUGGUGGACGGUGGUAGGGUUGUCACGGGGAUGUAG